AUGUUUAUUGAUAACGAAAAGAAAUUGGCUAAGAUAAAGCGUCGCUUAUAUAUCGACUGUAUGACUCGUUGGAAUUCGACUCUUGUAGCAUUACAAUCUUUAGUGGAUCAUAAACCAGUUUUAAUUAGUUUAUUUGAAAACAAAGGACAACUACCACUUACUUCCAAGCAAAAAGAAAAGCUGGGCUUAUUGGAAUUAUCGAGCGAUGACUACACGAUCUUUAACAUAUUGAUUGAAAUUUUCCAACCUUUUUAUCAUGCCACAAAUUUGCUUAGUGCUUCAAAAUAUCCGACAAUUGGUUUAUGUCUUCUCGUCAUACGUGAACUGAAAGAACACCUCGAAAAAGAAGAAAACAAUGAUUCAAACUUACUGAUCAGCUUGAAAAAUUUCAUUCUUGAAUCGUUCGAUAACUAUUUUGCUGAAAAUGGCAAUCAACAUUUUCUCCUAACAUUUGAAUUGUGA